ACGAGUAGUUGUAACAUACAAGACAUGCCAUGGCCUCCACACGUUUACAGAAUACACAUUCUGAAGUCUUUUCUGCCCGUGAAAUCUGAGUUAGUCUCGUUCAUGCACACAAUCUAGAGAUGAUCUCUGUGCCUGACCAUGGUGAAUUGCUUAAUAAAGGAAGUGGGGGACCCACUAAUCUUCCUAUUUAUAUCAACUGUGCUGCCAUACUCUCUCUCUCUCUCUCUCUCUCUCUCUCUCUCUCUCUCUCUCUCUCGCGUUUAAGCACUCACAAGCAAACAACGCAUCCAGUCAAGCUCUCUUGCUUUAUCGUUUGCCUUCUUCCUUGAGAAGAAGCAGCAGAAAGAAGAAAGGAGACGAUGGCUCUGCUCUAUCUCUCCCUGCUCCUGGUGUUCUUGAUGCUGCCAAUAUGCCCAGGCAAUGCCCAGUGGCCUCCAUCGCCAGGGUACUGGCCGAGCUCGAGGUUCAGGUCCAUGAGCUUCUACCAGGGGUUCAAGAACCUCUGGGGCCCCCAGCACCAGAGGGUUGACCAGAGCGCGUUGACCAUCUGGCUUGACAGCACCUCAGGGAGCGGGUUCAAGUCGGUCAAGCCGUUCCGGUCCGGGUACUUUGGCGCGUCCAUCAAGCUCCAACCGGGUUACACCGCAGGGGUCAUAACUUCAUUCUAUCUUUCGAACAGCGAGGCUCAUCCAGGGUUCCACGACGAGGUGGACAUAGAGUUCCUGGGAACCACGUUCGGGAAGCCCUACACAUUGCAGACCAACGUGUACAUCCGAGGGAGCGGCGACGGCAAGAUCAUAGGCAGGGAGAUGAAGUUCCAUCUCUGGUUCGAUCCCACCCAAGACUUCCAUCACUAUGCCAUUCUUUGGAGACCCGACGAGCUCAUAUUCCUCGUGGACGACAUACCCAUAAGGAGGUACCCGAGGAAGAGCGAGGCGACCUUCCCGAUGAGGCCGAUGUGGCUGUACGGGUCCAUAUGGGACGCCUCGUCGUGGGCCACGGAAGAAGGCAAGUACAAGGCCGACUACCGGUACCAGCCCUUCGUCGCGCGGUACACCAAUUUCAAAGCGAGCGGCUGCUCCGCCUACUCCCCGGCCUGGUGCCAUCCCCUCUCCGCCUCGCCCUACCGCUCGGGCGGCCUCACCGGGCAGCAAUACCGCGCGAUGAGAUGGGUCCAAGCUCACCACAUGGUCUAUGACUACUGCCGAGACUCGAGAAGGGACCAUUCGCUCACUCCCGAGUGCUGGAGCUGAGAAACGAUGGUUCCCCCCAAGAUUCUUACACAAGCCAUAUAAGCUCAAGCACAGCGUCAAUUAUAUGAUUUCGCUCUUCACAUGUGUCGAUUUCUAUUGGAAAUUUGGAUUUUUUUUUUUCUUUUGGGGUCAAGAGGAGGGGUGUCUUGAGAUGUGCUUCCCCCACCUUGCUACAAGGACAUUUGGAGCAAGGGGUGUGUCGAGGCUCAAGCGUCCAAGGCCUCCCAAAUCAAAAGGUGCAAAGAAGAAAGUGUGAACAAAGAGAAGUGUGUGAAUGUUGUUGAUAAUAAGAUUUUCUA